AGGUAUAUAAACGACAGCUUUUGUCUUUAUGAGCAUAAUCUGACUUUAGUUUCUCACAGCCCGUCAACGCAAAAACCAAAUAGUAAUACUCAAACAGCCAAAGUUAUAAUAUACUUUAUUAUUCAACUGUAAACAACACGACGGCGAUCGAAGAUAUCAGAUAUGAAUUGUAUCCAAGUAUGUUUGGUGUUGGUGGUGAGUUGCACAAUGUUGUCUUCUGCUGAUUCGGCGUCGUACAAGUUUGGAUACAGCGCUAACGACCUAGGUACAGUCGAGCUGGAUGCACCUGCACUAGAUUUAGUCAAAGACUGCGACCCACUGACGUCCAGUUACCUGGUCACCGGUUCCACUCCAGCGCCGAUCAUGCGCACAGCGGUCGAAAUCGAACCUGCACGCAUCAUGUCCGUGACCCCGUUGCCGAUCCAAUCCACGGUCUCCGAGGUCAUCUCCGUGUCCACCCCGGCACCGAUCCUGCGCACCGCGAUUGAUAUCGAACCCACCCGCAUCAUCAACGCCGCUCCAAUGAAGUUGGAGACCAGGAUCGCGGCUAGCCCACUGUUGAACGCUUUCCGUUCAUCAGCUUUUGACUCCAGCGCGUGGCAGGCCAAUCCGGAAAAUGCUUCUCCGGCCCCAAUUGCCUUGAAGACGAUAACCAAAACCACGAACGUUGGAUCCACAAUCAUCAGUUCGGAAUUGGAAGAUAUGCCAGCUGUCCGCUCUCAAUACGCAUUAGCCGCCCCGCAAGUCGAGUCCAGGAUCGUACAUAACUCUGCAGCUCCGAUUGCAAGAACGUUGUCCACCCAAGUCUUGCCCUUGCCAUCCGUGUCAUCAUCGUACGCGUACUCCCCGCGGACAUACGCCUCUUCAUACAUCAACUCGUACACCGUACCUCAAUACUAUUCAACCUCGUCCAAAUUUUUAGCUGCUCCCCAAUACUAUCCGUCUGCUGCAUUCAUCGCACCUCAAUACUACUCGUCUGGCUCAGCUUUCGCUCCCCAAUACUACUCGUCUGCUGCAUCCAUCGCCCCUCAAUAUUAUUCGGCCGCACCCCAAUACUAUUCAUCCGUAUCGGUAGCCGCCGAUGAACCGUGUGACAAAUAG